CCUCGUUCAUUGCGUAAAAUUAGAUAUCGUUCAUUUUAUUUCAAAAAUGAUGGCAAUAUUGUAUUAUUUACAAAUGACUUCAAAAUAUUAGUUUAUUCACACAUAGGUGAUGAAUUAAUUUUAAUUUCAUCUCGAAAGAUCUAUUCAGAUAAAGUACGCGAAGUAAUGAUCGAGGAUAAUAAGAUAUGGGCCAUUUCUUCAAACUAUUUAUUUCAAUGGGACUUGGAUGCAUUUCAAUUCGAAUUUAGUUAUUCACUUUGGUUUACGACAAACCAAGUUGAAAAUGUUACAAUGAGAGGAAAUUUAAUAUUGGUAAAAUAUCGCAAUGAAAUUUCGAUAUUUUCAAAAGAAAAUCAUUUUCCGAUUCGAAAUAUUCGAAUCGAAGGGGAAGUUUCGAUUAAAAUAUUAAGUAAUUACUAUCUUUUGGCUUUUAAUUUGCCCAAGAAAGACGAGAAGCAAGAUUUAAGAUUAUAUCACACAACUGAUGACAAUAAACAACCCGUAGAGGGAUCAAAGAUUUUUAAUGAUGACAAUAUUGAGAAUGGUAUCAUUCCAUUUGAAUAUAAUUUAGAAUCGAGGAGAGCAUUUGGAUUCGUCGAUUGUAGAAUCUCAAGUAUUAAUUUAACCAAAUUUAAUUUGCAUGAAUGGUUUGAAGCAAACCAUAUAGAUGAUGACAUUAUUGUUGGUUGGAAUACUUACUUGAAUCAACCCUCCGAAAGUCAAUGCAAUGAUACUUUGGCUUUUCCUGAUUUAGAAAAUAUUAAAACUUUAGUUUCAAAUCAAGAUAAAAUAGAUGAUACAUAUGAUGAACCUAAUAGAUCAGAAAAACAAGAAACUCUCAAUUUACGAGCUACCCCCUCAGAUACAAGUGAAGAAUUAUGUUCGAAAGAAUUAAAAGAAUUGGAAGGUUUUGAUCAAAUUGUUCGUUAUUGGAGAAUUCUUGAUAAUAAUGAAUUAGCAUUACAUCAAACUAUGUGUAAUGAUUUUAGACCGGAAUUUCGAUGCAUAACAAUAUACAAAUAUGAUAAAAGUAUUAAAAUUAAGUAUUUUUACUUUAAUGACGAUGAAAACUUUAAUGCUGAAAAUUUUGAAUCUGGAUUACCAAUGAUGGAUGUUGAAGCUUUUUUUGAGCAUAAAGAGAAUUCUUUUGUACCUUCGUUUGAUGAAUUUAAAUGCACAAAACUUGUUAAAGAAGAUCCAAAAAAAAAUCUCAAAUUUCUCAAUAUUAUAACAUUAUCAAUGAAAGAAUUAUACACAACUUAUCCUGAUUACAUAUCAAAAUUUAAUUCUGAAAUUUUCAUGAUCUUAGAUCCUUCUUCCGAAAAUAUUAUUGACAGUAACUAUCUAUAUGGCGAUUUAUAUCAUUUUUAUACCUUUAAUGAAGAAAUCGAAAUCGAGUUAGGAAUGUCCAAACAUAUCAGAAAGAUUAGUGAAUACUGUGCAUUUGAACUUGGUAUUAUUUUUGUAUUUUCGACAUUAUUUAUACCAUACAAUGCUCCUUUGUAUUUUUACGCUAUAUUGGCAUUACUGAUUUCAACGCUGUUGAUAUUGUCGAGAUUUACAUCGGUAAUAUCGAUAUUAUUAAUUUUCUUGAGAUCGGUAUCAUCGAAGAUAAUUGCAACAUUUUAUUCAUAUUAUUAUAAAAUAUUCGAAAGAGAUAGUAAAGUUAAGCAACGCAUUACUCUUGUAGUUCCUUAUGUAAAUUAUUCUUGCUACACUUUAGAAUACAAUUGGUUGAAGGAAAUAUUUAAACCUCAAUCAAGUGUUUUUGUUGAUACAUGUAAAAAAGAUUUCUAUACAAAUUGGAAUGGGGAAGCAAUCAUUGAUUUCAAAUGGAAAAUUGCUUCUUACUCCUCAAAUUUUAUUACGCAAGAAAUUCGUAAUAAGCUUUACCAAAUCUCAAUAGGUAUUGGAUUUUUAUAUCUUGCAUCUGAGUUAAGGCAAUUUAUUUGGAACCCUAAAAAAUAUUUUAGUCGUAUUGUGAAUUGGUUUGAUUUAUGUGCAUACCUUCCUGCUUUUCUUGUAUCGAUCUAUUGGAUAAAACAUCAGAGUGCACCUUACUGGGCACUAUCAGUCUCAUUUAUAUUGGCAAUUAUUCUCGCAAGUGUUACACAUGCAUUCUUUUUUCUUUUACAUCCUCGUGAUUUUUCGGAUUCAUUAACGACACAAGAUCCAAGCGAUCCAAAUAACCCAUGGACUAUUUCUAAAACUUUUCAUCAAACUGAUGAAAAUGGAAAAGCUUGA